CGGGGGGCGCUCGGCGGCGGGGGACGGGCGGGGCGGCGAUGAGCGACGGCGGCUCCAGGUAACCCCGGCCGGGCGGCAAUGAGCACCGCGGCUCCGGGUAACCCCGGCCGUGCAGCAAUGAGAGACCGCAGUUCCAGGAGGCUGUGAGGGCUGCUGAAGAUGUCCGAUAGUCUGGAUAUUGAAGAGAAACCUCCAGCUCCACCGUUGAGAAUGAACAGCAACAAUCGCGAUUCUUCAGCGUUGAACCACAGCUCAAAGCCGCUCCCCAUGGCCCCCGAGGAGAAGAACAAGAAAGCCAGGCUGCGCUCCAUCUUUCCAGGAGGAGGGGAUAAAACCAACAAGAAGAAAGAGAAGGAACGUCCUGAGAUCUCUCUUCCUUCAGACUUUGAACACACCAUUCAUGUGGGAUUUGAUGCCGUCACUGGAGAAUUCACAGGCAUUCCAGAACAGUGGGCCAGGCUACUACAGACCUCCAACAUAACAAAACUGGAGCAGAAGAAGAACCCACAGGCUGUUCUAGAUGUUCUCAAAUUUUAUGAUUCGAAAGAAACGGUUAACAACCAGAAAUACAUGAGCUUUACGUCAGGAGAUAAAAGCGCCCAUGGAUACAUAGAAGCCCAUCCCUCGAGCACAAAAACAGCAUCAGAACCUCCUCUGGCCCCCUCUGUGUCUGAAGAAGAGGAUGAAGAUGAUGAAGAGGAGGAAGAUGACAAUGAACCUCCGCCUGUUAUUGCCCCACGGCCUGAACACACAAAAUCAAUCUACACACGCUCUGUUAUUGAACCUGCCGCUGCACCAGCACCAGCUAAAGAAGCCACCACUCCCCAGCCUGAAAACUCAAACACAAACACCCUGUACAGAAACACAGACCGGCAGCGAAAAAAAUCCAAGAUGACAGAUGAGGAGAUCCUAGAGAAACUGAGGAGCAUUGUGAGUGUGGGAGAUCCUAAGAAGAAAUACACUCGAUUUGAAAAAAUUGGCCAGGGGGCUUCAGGAACUGUUUAUACAGCGAUUGACAUUGCCACAGGACAAGAGGUGGCCAUAAAGCAAAUGAAUCUCCAACAGCAGCCCAAAAAGGAACUAAUUAUCAAUGAAAUCCUGGUCAUGAGGGAAAAUAAGAAUCCCAAUAUUGUUAACUAUUUAGACAGCUACCUUGUUGGUGAUGAGCUGUGGGUGGUGAUGGAGUACUUGGCUGGAGGCUCUUUAACUGAUGUUGUCACCGAGACGUGUAUGGAUGAAGGACAGAUUGCUGCUGUCUGUCGGGAGUGCUUGCAAGCCCUGGAUUUCCUUCAUUCCAACCAAGUGAUCCACAGAGACAUCAAAAGCGACAAUAUUCUUCUUGGGAUGGACGGAUCUGUCAAAUUGACUGAUUUUGGCUUCUGUGCUCAGAUCACCCCUGAGCAGAGUAAACGGAGCACAAUGGUGGGGACUCCUUACUGGAUGGCACCAGAAGUUGUAACAAGAAAAGCAUAUGGCCCCAAGGUGGACAUCUGGUCACUUGGGAUCAUGGCAAUAGAAAUGGUGGAAGGAGAACCUCCUUACCUUAACGAAAAUCCUCUCAGGGCACUGUAUCUGAUAGCUACAAACGGGACACCGGAGCUGCAGAACCCAGAGCGACUCUCGGCCGUGUUCCGAGACUUCCUUAACUGCUGCCUGGAGAUGGAUGUGGACAGGCGAGGGUCUGCCAAGGAACUUCUGCAGCAUCCAUUUUUAAAAUUAGCCAAGCCGCUCUCGAGCCUGACUCCUCUGAUCAUUGCAGCGAAGGAAGCGAUUAAGAACAGCAGCCGCUAGCACUGCAGGUCGGCUUUGUGCCCUGCCAGCUCAGAGCAGGACUGAGAACACAAACUCUGUACAACCUCAGCUCUCAUGCUGCGGGACAGAUGGAUGGAUGAACAAACCAACGGUCACAGUCAUGGUGGUAGGACCACCCCAGUUCCUCAAGGAGUAAAAAAUCAUCAUUUGUCUUCUUCCUGCUUUCUGGCUCCUUUAUUUAUUUUUAAGAUGAAUCGGGGCUAAGGACAGAGAGGUAAUGACAGAAAAUGCUUUGCUGCCUCAAUCAUUUCCAAGGUAAAGCAAAUUCAGUUGGAAGAUUCCCUUCCUUCUCACCCUGUGAAUAAGCUGUACAUUCACUUUUAAAUUGUCAGUUCUUUCUUAACGAUGUAAAGUCGUGUUUAUGGGGUUUUUGGUAUGGUUUGGAAUUGGAGAAGGGCAAUUCUUCAUUCAUCAACUUCAGACUGCCUUUUGAAUACGGCCCACUUGCCAGUUUCUGCCCAGUUGUGGUACUUCUACAUGAGGAAGAAAGUGCAAUUGCAUUUCCAACCAAAAAGGAAUGAAGAGUGGGACAGACAAAACAUGCUGUGGAGAUAAGGCAUUCAGCUGGGACUGUGUAGUGGUUUGGUUCUUGCCGAUUGGAUUUGUACCCCUGACUGCAAUCUCUUUGCCCGGGUGAGAGUCUUACUCAGCUGAAACAGCAGAAAGAUCACUCGGUGUGCUCAGAACAGGUUUGUCUGAUGCAAAGCUGUCAGAGCAAUGUGAGGGGAGAGUGGACCCAGCUGUGCCUGGGGCUGAGCCCCAGCAGAGCCCUGGCAGAGCCCAGAGCAGCCUGAGCAUCGGCAGAGCCAGGCUGGAAGGAGGCGCUGGUAGCGACAAGUGGCAGCAGCCUGGCCGUGGGUGCCUCUUCCUGGGACAGGGUUAAUCCUCCCAUCUCAGAGGCAAACUGGGUGGGGGCUGUUCUCCAGGGAAAUCGUGACCAUGCUGAGAAAUGCACAGCCUGGUGGGAUUGGCCAUCCUGAGUCUCUGCAGGAGUAGAGAAGAGCAAACAGAGCAGAGCGGUGGUGUCGCUUCUGAGGAUGCCUGUUCUUCUCCCAGCUGUCUCGUAGCUCCUGGGAAAGGUUCCUAGUGUCUGCAGAAUUCUCAGCAGAGAGGGAGGGGACCAGGCUGCUCUGCAGGCUCCUGCACAGGUGAGCAUCCUUUAGGCACAGGAGUUCUGCCCUGGGAGCCGAGGCUGACACAGGGAACAACCUGCACAGUUAGAUCUGCAGGAGCCAGUGCAGCAGCCAGCUCGGGAAGAAAGCGCCUUAAAACCUGGAGUUGUACACUGAGCAAGAUCAAAAGUGUGAAAUGCAAAGUGGAAUUAAUUUCAGAAUUACUUGGAGGCACCAGGCCAGCCUGCUUUCUGCUGUCCUGUGUAUGGCAAGCACUGCGCAAUGAAGCUCUUGAGUUGCUGCAAGAGAUGGAAUUGGGGAUGUGCCUGAGGAUUGUGCUUGACUAGUCAGCAGAUUUGGAAGGGAGCAGAAUACUUUCAGUAUACAAUCUGUGUUUUAUUUAUUUGUUUCUGAAAGACACAGUGUGGCUUCACUCAGUAAAAGCAUUUGCAUGGCGUAUUUGUUGCUGUGUUUUAGGAGUACAACUCAUGCAAGAUCUUCAAAACAGCAACUGAAGCAACAUGCACUCAGUGAGCAAAAAACCCCCACAGUAAAACAGCUUUCUGCUAUAGAUCUUCACGUUGGCCUGGUUCUGCAAAGGGUUAAGUAGCCUUUAAGGUGCUCACUGUCUUCAUGUCUGGCCAGCAGGAAUGAAGGAUGCUUGGGCUGUCCUUGAAUCAGGCCAGGAGCAUGUCUAGCUUUGGCAUCCUGUUUAGUUGCAGUCUUCGUGUGGCAAGUGUCCUUACUGCUGCUCCCCUUGCUCACGCUGGCCACCGCAGUGUCCUUGGCAGGGACAGCCCUCCUUGAGUUACCACACCUAAGUAGAAAUUGACUUUUCUUCAUUUCCUGGGGAGCACAACAGGUCCAGUUUUUCAGAUGGCCAAAUAACACACCGAGGCAAGCAGCUCUGGUUUCCUGGACUGACGGAACAUCGGGAGGAGCUGAGGAAGCUGCCAGGAGCCCACAGCUGGAGCAACAGUGGUUGACUGGAGCUGGAGCAAUGGCAGCCAAGUUUCCUCCCUAAAAGAAGCCCUUGGGGAAUGAGAAUGGCCAGGACAGGCUAACAGACCAUAGCACAGCAGAUGGUGCAGAAGGGUGUGCAGGAAGGUGCUGAAGCCCUGCCAGCUUGACCAGGGAGCAAUGGUGUCCACCCAACAGAAAGCCAUGGCUUCUCUAAGUCCUGCACCCACCGCAAUCCAUGCAGCGACCCAGACAGAGCUCUGGUGGGAUCGGGCUGCCAGCCAGGUGGCAGCUGCAGGUUGUGCCCUGCUCUUAGGCCAGUCCUGGUGGCAGCAGCAUGAGUGCAGCUGUGGGACAUGCCCAGCUAGAGGAACUCCUCCACUUUGGGCCAGAGCUACAGCAGGAGGUGAAUAGGGGCAGGAGUAUCCAAGCUCACUGAGCCCCUUUCCAUCUUUUACCAGCAGUCCUGGCUAAGGGGGACAUGCCAGGUGAUUGGACUACAGCAAAUGUACAUUGAUCUCCUGGAAGACCUGGAAGGAGGAUCUUGGGGACUACAGGUCUGUCACCCUGACCUCAGUGCUGGGAAAAGUCACGGAGCAGAUCAUCUGGAGUGCCAUCCCGUGGCACAUACAGAACAACCACGGGAUCAGGCCCAUCUAGUGUGGGUUUGUGAUAGGCAGGUGCUGCCUGACCUGCCUGAUCUCCUUUUACAGCAGCAUGACCUGCCUAGGGCAUGAGAGGAACAGCUGUGGAUGUGUCUCCCUGGAAUUUAGUAAACCCUGUGUCAGUGUUUCCCAAAGCUUUCUCCUGGAGACACUGGCUGCUCAUGGCUUGGAUGGGUACACUGUUCUCUGGGGAAAAAAAAACUGGAUGGAUGGCUGGGCCCAGAGAGGUGUGGGAAAUGGAGUUACAUCCUGCUGGGGCUGUCACCAGGGCUGGGUGCUGGAGCCAGUUGUGUUCAAUGUCUGUAUCAGUGAUCUGGACAAGGGGAUCAAGGGCACCCUCGGGUAACUCCAGGCUGGGUUGGAGUGUUGAUCUGCUGGAGAAGAAGGCUCUGCAGAGGGAUCUGGACAGGCUGGAUUGCUGGUCCAAGGCCAGUUGGAUGAGGUUCAACAAGGCAAAGUGUCAGAUCCUGCACUUGGGUCACUACAACCCCCUGCAGCUCCAGGCUUGGGAAAGAGUGGCUGGAAAAUGCCUGGUGCGAAAAGACCUGGGAGUGCUCAUUGAGAGCAGCUGAACAUGAGCCAGCAGUAUACAGCUACCUGAAAAGAGGUUGGAGCAAUGGGGGAAUCAGUUUCUUUUCCCAAAUAACAAGCAAUGGGACGAGAGGAAAUGGCUGCAAGUUGCUCCAGGGAAGGUUUAGAUUUGAUAUAGGAAAAAUCUCUUCACCAAAAAGAUGGUCAGGCAUUAGAGCUAUGCAGGGCAGUGGCUGAGUCACCAUCUCUGGAGGGAUUUAAAAAGAUUUGUAGAUAGGGUACUUGGGGACAGGUUUAGUGGUGGGCUUGGCAGUGGUGGGUUGAUGGUUGGACUCCAUGAGCUCAGAAGUCUUUUCCAACAUGAAUGAUUCUGUUCUGUUUAGAAGACUUUGUUUCUCUUGUGAGGUCCCAUUUUUGUCUGUCAGCUCAAGAUCUGUGUCUGUAGGAGAAGCUUCCUUGGGAAAGAGUAAUUUGGGCUGGAGAUGGGCUGCUCUCAAUGUGUAAAGCAUUCAGCAGGAUGAAAUAUGUUUGUAUUCCUGUAAGAAGUGAAGAAAUGAGUGACAGUUUCUGUUUCCAGUAUGUAUUUUAUUUUUUCCUAUCCACAAAAGAACAGACAACCAUCCUUUAAAAGGAAAGCACUUUGUAAUGGUACAUGUUUGCUGGACAUACAGUCUAAAUACUUCUGUUGACAAACUAUUUAAUUGGGGAAGGGGAGAAUUUCCUAUUUAUUUCCUUUACCUAUAAGUAUUUCAGCAUCUCUACUUCAAAAAAAACUCCAGCACCACGACUUUCCAGAAGACAGCAGGUAUGAAAAAUAAGGAAAUCAAAUGAUAGCUUUUGUUUUUCUAAUCAGUGUAUGCCUCAGCAUACGGAAUAUUGUUGGCACUGACUUUUUAAAGACAGCCGCUGUCCUAAGAGGCCUUACUUUUAAUUUUAUUAAAUACUAUAUUUCUUUUUCUUUGCAAAUCUGGAGAUUUUUCUUUUAAAGCCAGUUCCUGGGAGGCAGACAAGAUUCAGCAGAAAUAAUCUCUGCCUGUGGCUGUUUUCAGCAUGGACUGUACCUGCCCAGCUGAGACUUUAUGACAUGCAAGGAAUGUACCUCCAGUAUCCCUGUGGCUCCGUGCUGGGACAGUCUCUGGUGCUGAUUCACACACAUUGAUACUGAAAGGAUGCUGUGUUUGCAUCCUCCCAGCCUGGAUAUUAAAUGUAGAAAAGACACAAGCGUUUUUUAAAAACCCAACAACACAAACCCACAAAAAUCCAGUCCUGGGGGGUCAGGUCUUGUACAUUAUUUACAGGCUCGCAGAGUGUAUUAGGAUUGACAAUAGCAUUGGCCUUGCAGAAAGGAAAGAGCCACCUUGGGUUUUCUGACUGCUAUCCUCAGAUCAAGCAAUUAGUUAUAUGUAUUUUUGAAGUAUUAGAAAUAGUGUGUUUCUGUUGCAAUAUGAAAACUAAAAGUUUCAGACACUUUUAUUCCAAGGUUUUAAAAGAUUGGUUAAUUGCCGUCAUUUUUAAAUUAAACAGUGAAAUACCCUAACCAAGAACUUGACUAUGAUUCCCAUCCCUGCAGUGAAGACAUGCAAAAAUGAGCCAAUAGCUCACUGUAGUUUCAAUGUGUUUUGGGACAAAAGCAUGGUAGCAGUAAAGUCAGGGAAGUUUGAGGAGCACAGAAAAGUUUACUUAUUUAAGAAAAAAAAAUAAAAAAAGAUAACCAUACCUAUGUAAAAUUCCACACAGCUCCUGCAUGCACUCCUGGGAACCUGCACGGGGGUGGAUCUUACAGUGCUCUCAGGGUUGGAUCCCAAACUUGGGCCAGGGUUACAUUCCCAUUUCUUGUGUCCAGUGCUUUUGUAAAUAUAUUUAUUCUUCAUCUUCGGUUAAUGGUUGGCCACUCACUACACACAAAAGAACAAGGAUUUGUGCUGAGUUUCUUUGAGGCCUGUGACUGCACUUUGGCAGGUCUUUGAGUCAGUUCUUCCCUAUGUCCUGCCACCACAAAUAAAGCACACUCCAGUCACCAUGAGAAGGGAAGUACCUGUCUCCUGUCCUCUAGUUGUAGGAAAUGUCACUGUUCUCUAUUGUCCAUACAGCAGUUAUUUCCAGUAUGUAAUCCUUGGUGUGGCUACUGACUAUUCCUCACACUGAGCAUGUAAAUAUUUGUAUUUCUUAGUCCAGUCCUGACCAAAUCUAGUGAGCCAAGAGCCAGAGAGAGCCCUGUGACAUCUGCCAUUAAAGGAAGGAGCCAGUGUUUCUUUGUUUGACACCCAGGACAUGCAGUCAAGUGCCAGCUUUGCCUUGCUAAGUGCUGCCAAGUCAGUGGUCCAUACACCUUCCUGGUGUUCCUGCUUCCUCUUGGACCAUUCAUUCAUGCCCAGAUGUGCAGCGACUUAAUGAUGGGUUAAUGAAGACCUGUAAGUGUUCAUCCCCUUUUUUUUCCCCUCUCCACUCCCCUUACCAGGUAAAUAUCUCCAAUUUUAUCCCAAGUUUUCAGGAAGCAGGCAAAGGAUAACCUUUGUCUUUCAAGAGAAACCAUCCAAGCUUUUUUUGAGUGUGAUUUGCACUUCAGGGAUCUUUGAAACCUCUCUUUGCUUGUGUCUGUCCUUGAGCUGACAGGGUAAUUUUAUUUUUCUCACUGAAACUUGAAGAAUCUCACUUAUCCAUCCCUCUCUGGAUGCAGUUUAAAGCUGAUUGCCAUAAUCCUAGGUGUGCAUCAUGCCUGCAAACCAUCACUGGCCUGAGCCUACCAACAGUUGCAUGUACCUUUGGUUACAAGAGUUAUCUCAAAGGAAAAAAUGGUCUUAUAGCAAAGAGGAGUGAUGCCCAUAUGUUCUCUAUGGGUGCCCUUUGGGCUGCCACGUGGGCACAAGCCUGCAAACCUUGUUCUUGCUGCUUAGCAAUUCCCCCAGGCAAGCCCUUGAGUUCUGUGAGAGUCUCGCCCUGACUGAGGAAAUUGGAGGUAAUAUCAAUAGUUAAAGUUGAUAAUACUGAAAA